UUUAUAAUCCUCUUACUCGGAUCACUGCCGAAUAGUCCAAAGCAAAAAUGAAUCUGUCGGCUGUCGCCUGCCUUCUUUUCUUGCUCUUCGCAGCAAAGACAACCCGGUCUCAGCUGGGUUUACCCGGGGGCAUAAAUAAUAUCGACCCGGCUGACAAAGAAUUUCAAAAGGCUGUGAAGUUUGCCGUAAGUGAGCACAAUAAGGCGUCCGAUGACACUUUCGCGUACAAACUGGCCAAGAUCAUCAGCGCUAAGUAUCAGGUGGUUUCAGGAAUGAAGUACAUAAUAGAAGCUAAGAUUGGGCGAACCACAUGUAAAAAAGAAGACCUUACUACCCAGAAUUCAAUAAACAAGUGUCCUUUCCAAAGAGGUCCUCAGAAUGCUAAGAAUUACAGAUGCAGAUUUGAAGUUUGGAGCCGCCCUUGGAUUAAAUCAACUCAACUCUUGGUGAAUGAAUGCUCAUAAAGAACUACAUCAACAGCAUGUACUUCUGGCAACUUGUAUGAGUUCAGCGAUUUUAAAUGUACUAUUAGUUUAGUUAUAGGAAGGUUACCUGUCAAUAUUGAUUCAUGCUUUGGAAAUGUUUAUUCAGUCUGCUGUCUUUCUUAAAAAUACCAUUUCCAUACAAACACUUUUUUAAUUAUUCUCUGCAAAUGACAUAUCAUUCAUUGCUUUUAAAAUAAAAACAUCUCCAUCAUGUA